AUGGCCUCAGCUACAGUUACCAAGAAGCUGAGGGAGGAAGCCACCUGCCCCAUCUGCCUGGACCUGAUGUCUGAGCCUGUGACUAUCAACUGUGGGCACAACUACUGCCGCAGGUGCAUAGUGGACCUUAUUGAGAGUCAAACUUCUUAUACAUCAUCACGGGGGACAUUUCAUUGUCCUCAGUGUAGGAAACCUUUUAAAAGUGAUCAUCUUCGGCCCAACAAGCAGCUGGGAAAUAUCAUUGAAACCAUCAAGGAGACAGACCAUGAAAGGUUGUGUGAGAAACAUGGCGAGCAGCUCCACCUGUUCUGUAAAGAUGAGGGUCAGCUCAUCUGCUGGCGCUGUGAGCGGUCACCACAGCACAGAGGACAUGUCACUGCUCUUGCUGAAGAUGCAUGUCAGGGCUACAAGGAACAGCUCAAAGAAGCAGUGAGAAGACUGAACAUCAUACUCUUCAAAUAUAUGCAACUGAAGCAAGACGCAACUCAGAAAAUAAGUAGUUGGGAGGAGAAGAUAAAACAUGAGAAAGAAAGAAUCCAUUCUGAAUUUACAAAUCUUCACACAUUCCUGCAUCAGGAGGAGGAGCUACAUAUGUGUCGACUGGAGAAAGAAAGAGAGCAGAAACUGAGCAGUCUGCAGGGCAAUGUAGCCCAUCUGGACAAUAGAGUACAGGAACUCAGGAACCACAUCCAGGAACUGGACAAGAAAUAUCAGGACUCACCACAGAAUUUGCUGCAGGAUAUAAAAGACACCUUGAGCAGGAACUCAGCUAUCAAUCUGGAAAAACCAGAGGAUAUUUCUUUGAAGGUGCAUACUGUGUGCAAUGUCUCUGCACUUUACUUUAGUGUGAGAAAAGUUUUAAAGUGCUAUCAAGGUCCAGAGAAGGCACAGAAACUCAAGUGA